UGAUCCUGUUAUCCCAGACUGUGGUUGGGAUUGUGGGUAAUUUCUCUCUUCUCUACCAUUGUCUAUUCCUUUCCUGCAUGGGGGACAGAAUGAGAGGCACAGACUUGAUUCUUAGGCACUUAAUUGUGGCCAACUUCUGCUGGAGAGAUUUCCUCAGUGAUCUGGAUUGCAAACUGGUCUUCUAUCUUCACCGAGUGGGCAGGAGUAUGGCGAUUGGUAGCACUUGCUCCCUGAGCAUUUUCCAGGCCGUCAGCAUCAGCCCCAGGUCCUCCAGGUGGGCAGGGCUGAAGGGGAGAGCCCACAAGUACACUGGCUCCAUGGUCUACCUCAGCUGGGGGGUCAGCCUCCUGGUGAACAUUGUUUUUCUCAUGUACAUAACCAGACCCAAAACACUGGACAACACGACAAUGUUAAAAGCCUAUGGAUACUGUUCCUCCGUGCGUCACGACCCACCUGCAGAUGUACUGAACAUAGCCUUGCUUUCAAUGCCUGAUGUUCUGGGUCUGGGGCUCAUGCUCUGGGCCAGCAUCUCCAUGCUCUUCGUCCUCUACACACACAAGCAGAGAAUGCAGCACAUCCAGAGGACCAGCGUCUCCUGCAGAGCCUCUCCUGAGUCCAGAGCCACCAAAAGCAUCCUCCUCCUGGUGAGCGCCUUUGUCUCCUUUUACACCUUGUCCUGCAUCUGUCAGAUCUGCUUGUCUGUGACUUACAACCCCAGCCCUGUGCUGCACCAUAUGGCCGCAUUUGCUAUGGGCUGUUUCCCAGCUGUCAGCCCUUUUCUGCUCAUGAGUGGACACUCCACUCCCUACACUCUGUGCUUCACUUGCAGGAGGAGGAGGAAAAUGGUCCUCCCCUGA